UUUAUCGACAUUUCCAACCCUGUAUUGCACAAGGUGAGAUGGGCUUGCUGUGUUCUGCCGUGUAAAAUUCCAACAAAUUUAAUUUAGCACAUUUUUUAAAAGUCUCUUUUAUGAAAAAUUUAUACAAGAGAAUUUUUGCAUGAAACAGACGUGUAACUAAAUCAGCUGUUGAACGAUAAAAAAUUAGUAAUAGAAACAAGGGCCACCAAUGAAGGAGUCGUAGUAGGUAACGCGUGAAAAAGAAAAAAUUUAAAGCAAAGAAUUUAGAUUGCACCGUAUUGGUUGUACUGUUGGCGGAGGAGUAAAGGAAGGACGGAUGUCAUAAACCGCAUUUCCAUACGAAAAAAAGGAAAUACAAAUUUACGAAAGUUUUGAUUGUGUAUGUGGGGUGCCCGCAUAUAGUACGUGAAAUAUUACACACAUCCAAAGAGUGUUCAAAGAUAAGCAAUUGACAGUGGCUCAAUACAGAUAUUAAGAUGACACAACGUGGAAAUGUAGCUGCACUUGGGGAAGAGCUUGCACAGGCUGUGGAAUUGAUUAUGCGGCCAGAUACUGCACAACAAUCACGUAUGGAGGCCUAUAUGGCCUGUGAGCGUUUUAAAGAAGAAUCACCUUUAUGCGCACAAGUUGGUCUAUACUUAGCCAGCGGUCAACAAUUCGGGCAAAAUGUCAAGCAUUUCGGAUUGCAAUUAAUGGAAUAUACAAUAAAAUUUAAGUGGAACAGCAUUUCACAUGAAGAAAAACUCUUCAUAAAAGAAAAUGCAAUGAAACUGCUACACUUUGGCGUUGGACCGGCAGAAGAUGCCAGCUUAGCGCAUUUGAAAGAUGCAUUGUCACGCAUUAUAGUGGAAAUGAUUAAACGCGAAUGGCCCCAACAAUGGACAACACUACUAUCAGAGUUAUCGGACGCUUGUAACAAAGGUGAGCCGCAAACUGAACUUGUGCUUUUAGUUUUCCUGCGUCUUGUUGAGGAUGUUGCCCUCCUGCAGACGAUUGAAUCGAAUCAGCGGCGUAAGGAUAUGUAUCAGGCUUUAACCAAUAAUAUGAGCGAUAUAUUUGAAUUUUUUCAACGUCUCAUCGAACUACAUGUAACGUCCUUUCGUGAAGCUACAGCGGUCGGCAAUUUUCAGAAGGCAAGCGCCCAUGGACGCGUUGUGGAGGUGGUAUUGCUGACACUAACCGGCUUUGUUGAAUGGGUUUCUAUGAAUCAUAUUACUUCGAAUAAUUGCAAAUUGUUGCAAAUACUUUGCAUUUUGCUGAACGACAAGUCAUUCCAAUGCAACGCAGCUGAGUGCCUCUCUCAAAUUACAAAUCGUAAGGGUCAAGUAAAAGAACGAAAACCGCUUCUGAUGUUGUUUGGCGAAGAGCCAAUACGUUAUAUUUUCACAGCUAGCCAAAUGUUGCCGGAUGCUGGUAACUCCAGCGCAUUGGAACAAAACCACAACUUCUUGAAGAAAUUAUUAAAUAUGUUGAGUGGUUUGGCACAACAAAUCGUGUUACUGUGGGGUAAAGAAGAUGGCAACAUACAGCGACCGCCAAAUUUUGAAAUAUUUCUUGAAUGCUUGUUACUGCUUGCACGUCACCCUUCGCUUACUGUCGCACAUGGUGCAACACUCAUCUGGAAUGUGCUAUUAAAACAUGAUGGCAUCUCCAAGGACGCAACAGUGAUCCCAUACAUUCCAAAAUUAAUAGCUGUCAUAGCACCACGCAUAAUUAAAACAUUAUAUCCCAGCACAAGAACUCUGCCCAUCACAAUCACGACUGCAGCGUAUAUAUGUUUGGAGUACGAUAGCGAAGAGGAAUUUGCCGUCUUCUACUACCGUUGCCGUACAGAUUUCCUCGAGAUAUUUCGACAGUCAACGCUUGUUCAGCCGAUCGUUACGUUUACAUAUUGCGAGCAAUGGCUCAACGCUCGGCUGGCUAAAGCGCACACCGAACGCAACAAUGUGAACUGCUCCGUUCAAGAUCCUGUCUAUAUGGAGUGGGAGGCUUUGGUGUGCGUAAUUGAUGGCGUACUCAGUCGCGUACUACUGGUUUCUGAGCGGCCAUCGGUACAAUCGGGUUUACGUUUGCUAGAAGAGUGCCUGAAAGUGGAAACCACAAAUCCUCUCAUACUUUCAAUUUUACUCUCCUGCAUUUCAGCCCUCUUUGUAUUCCUUAGCAUGUCGUCCUGUCAAAUAACGCCCAACAACUGCGUGGCCAUGAGUGGUGUAUCGCUAUUGCCACGUGUGCUGGAACGCAUUUUCCAAGCGCUCAUCUUUCAGGACUCAACCGAUCUGAACGUGGAUCCAACACGGGCACAAUCCAUCAAAAAUCUGCACCGCCAUGCCGCUUCGUUGAUGGUAAAGCUGGGUCAUAAAUACCCACUACUGCUGCUACCUGUAUUCGACCAAAUCGAUUCGCAUGUGAAGGUGUUGCUGGAUGAUCCCCGACAAACACUUGGAAAAAUGGAACGCACCACGCUACAGGAGGCUCUUUUAUUGAUAUCCAAUCAUUUUUGUGAUUAUGAACGUCAGACUGUUUUUGUAGCAAAUAUCAUGAAGGAUACGCUGUCACACUGGCCAACAUUCGCCGAGAUAUUCAAAUCGCCAUAUACUUUUAUACAGUUCGUUGGUCUUGAUAAGCCUGCAGUUACGCCCAUUCAAUCAGAUCCGCACAGUUUGAGUCGUGGUCAUAUCUUGGACGCACUGAACGUGGUUUUGGCUAUAAUUAAACGUUGCACCUGGCCGGAUGAUCCAGAUCGUGCAUCCCGUGGUGGCUUUGUUGUCGGCUUCACAGAACACGGUAAUCCAAUCUGUCGUAAUCCCGCUACACCACACGUCAUUCCUCUGUUGCCACAUAUACUUGCGUUGAUGCGCGUGCUUAACGAGCUCUAUCGGCCACAAGCAAUGGCCUUACUCUCGAAAGAUUUCCGCAAUGUGUACACCAUGCUAGAGCAUGAGAAAAAAACUUUAAUGGGCGUCUGUACACCCCCAGCUGACCCGUUGGACCCAAGCGUAAAAAAAAUGGCGACCACUGUGGAUCGCAUGCAGCAGUUCAUGUCUUUACUAUAUGAAAGUUGUUAUCAUAUGAUGGGCUCUGCUGGACCUUCAUUGGGACGCGAUCUCUAUCAGCUGCAAGGCAUUGCAGAUGCCCUCAUCAAUAGCGUUUUCGCAUCGCUGGAAGAUGUCCCCGACUAUCGACUGCGGCCCAUUGUGCGUGUAUUUUUCAAACCGUUCGUUUAUUCUUGCCCACCCGCCUUCUACGACUCGGUGCUGGUGCCGAUAUUUGCCCACUUAGCACCAUUCAUGUGCUAUCACCUCCUCCAGCGUUGGACAUAUAUAUCAUCUCUGUAUGAAUCGGGUCAACUCAAUGAGGAGUCGAAUGAUACCCAAGAGGUGCUAGAAGAUAUGCUAAACCGAUCCUUGACACGUGAAUAUUUGGAUGUGUUGAAGAUUGCUUUGGUCGGGGCGGGACCUGACAGUGUACAUGCGGCCUCCAAUAUAACCGAUGUAGCCAUGGAGGCGGAAGAGCACUCCAUGGAUGGCACAACACAUACGCGUGCAGCGCAAUCAGCACUGCUCUCAGAUAUCAUAAGCGAUUUGGGUGCCAAACUGCUAAGGAAUGACGCCACCAGCAAUUACAUACUUAUGACGCUAAUGGCUGCACUCUCCUGGCAAGACAGCGCCUGUAGCAUGAAGGCCGUGAAUGUAGUAGCGCCGGUAAUGCGUUUCCUAGCCACAAGCGAAAUACAGUUAUUGGAUCAACAUAAGGCGGCAACUGCAUUCCAAGCUGUGCUGCAGGGCCUACAAGUGCACGGCAUGCAUGAAGCUAAUCAGGCGGGUUUUAUUACGCUCGGCGUACAAUUCUAUGAAUUGCUGCGACCCAAGUUUCCGGUCCUUAGCGAAGUGCUGCGUAGCUUACCCAAUGUCAAUGCUGCGGAUGUACAGAAAUUCGAUGAAAAAAUCAGUGUGCUGCCGCUAAAGGGUAAUAAAGUCGACAAAGGCAAGAAGGAUAUGUUCAAGAAAAUGACAGCACGCCUGGUGGGGCGCAGCGUGAAUCAGAUGUUCAGUCGUCAAAUUGAAAUUCUAAAUUUGCCACCCAUGCAAGCGCGUACAUCGAAAGCCAACACGGAUAUUGUUGAUAUAACACAAAACGCGGGCUUAACACAGUUAUUUGGCGCGGAGAAGUGACCAACGGCGAAAGAAGAUGGGCACCCAACUGUGGAGAAAUCCUGAAUUUAAAGACUUCAAUGUGUGUAUGUAUGUAUGUACUGUUUAUACUGCUCGGAUAUGCCGUCACAAAGAGAGUUGGUACUCGCAUUAUAUUCAUACAUAUAAAAGGGAAAUUAAUUAUUGUGCAACAUGAAAUAUUACCAAUACACAUAUUUACUAAACUGCAUACAUACGUACUUGUAUGUGCACAAACAUCGCUUGGGGUGGUUAAUCGCCGGCCGUUGUGGAAAUAUGUAGGUCAGAGUAUAUGUCCCGC